CUGUGCUAUUUAUCAUAAUCGCUGCGAGCGUAGCUCAGUUUGUCUCUAUAUUUGUCAGUAUACUCUAAUAUUUAUUUUCCUUUUCCAGCAACAGCCGAGUAUGCUCAAAAUCUCCAUUGUGUUGUGGAAUUUAAAGAAUUAUAUAAUUCUGGUGACAUUGAGCAUUGCGUGCGAAAACUUCUAUACGAAUAUAAAACGCGCCGAGGGUUCAUGUGCCCAGAUUUUAAGCAGUGUUGUACCAGCCGAUAAAUACUUGGCAGACAUGCGCAAGACGUGCAAGAACGUGCUGCGUCUGAACCGCGCGGCGCCGCGCAAGAUGUCCGCGUUCGGCGUGUUCCAGCUGGACGCAGCGUUCCCGCUGCGGCUGCUGAGCGGGCUGGUCGCCUACACUGUUGUGCUGCUGCAGUUCGCCUUUUUGUCAUCUUAGAUAAAUUGUAAUGGCUUGAGUUAUGUCGUAUCUAUUUUAUGUAAGUUUACUCAUACUCAUUUGUGGCGCGCCAUGAAUAAAUGCUGUCCAUGCAGUAAACACCUUUUUAUCUGAAUUUAUGUUCAAUUGUACUCGAAUAAUGAAGUCCUGGGCUCUCUUGCAAAGACUUUAAUAAGGUGACAUGAUACCCUUUUUGACACAUUAUUCAUUCUUACUAUACAUUUUCCUUAUAAUGUAGGUAUGUACAGUGUUAAAUAAUAAAAAUACUGCUUUCUUACUCAAUUCUUCAAAUGCAACUUUUGGCGUAUUUCAUUUCCCGAUUUCAGUGAGCUACUUACUAAACAUUUUAUUUUGCGUUGCGCAAUUGCCUGGAAUGAGUUUCAUGGUGCCUGGCCUGUGACAAGCAGGUUGGUAGGUACACUCGGCGGGCCGAAUUUGACUCAUGACCCGGGAAAUUUGCUAUAGAAAAACCCCUUUUCUUAACACAAACUUAAAAAGCUAUAGGUACAUUGAUCUUUAGUGUGCAAACAAAGUGUUUAAAUAAUGAGAUACUAAGGUAUAGUACGUACCUAUCUAUAGAUAGGUACAGUUGAUGUACGUACUUUCUAGGUACCUAAUUGAUGGCUUCAAAAAUCGGCCACAAAAUAACAUUAAAUAUUAUUUAGUACUUACCUGUAUGGUUUUGGUAGAUAAUCAUGUAGAUAUAGACCUACUGUUUUUGAAGUGGUUCAAAAUAAA